CCGCCCCAGCCCGCGCCUGCCCCCAUGCUGGAUCACCGAGCCAGGAUGGAGAGCAGCAGGAAGGAGAAGGUGGAGCAGAUCCUGUCGGAGUUCCGUCUGAAGGAGGAGGACCUGAAGAAGGUGAUGUACCGGAUGCAGAAGGAGAUGGACCGAGGGCUCAAGCUGGAGACACACGAGGAAGCCUCUGUCAAAAUGCUGCCCACCUACGUGCGCUCCACCCCCGAGGGCUCUGAGGUGGGAGAUUUCCUGUCUCUGGACCUGGGCGGCACCAAUUUCCGUGUGAUGCUGGUGAAGGUGGGCGAGGGGGAAGAGGGGCAGUGGAAGGUGAAGACGAAGCACCAGAUGUACUCCAUCCCAGAGGAUGCCAUGACUGGGACAGCUGAGAUGCUCUUUGACUAUAUCUCCGAGUGCAUCUCUGAUUUUCUGGACAAGCACCAGAUGAAGCACAAAAAGCUGCCCCUGGGCUUCACCUUCUCCUUCCCUGUGCGACACGAGGACAUCGACAAGGGCAUCCUCCUGAACUGGACCAAGGGCUUCAAAGCCUCGGGCGCGGAAGGGAACAACGUGGUGGGGCUGCUGAGGGAUGCCAUCAAACGGCGAGGGGACUUUGAGAUGGACGUGGUGGCGAUGGUGAAUGACACGGUGGCCACGAUGAUCUCCUGUUACUACGAAGAUCACCGGUGCGAGGUUGGGAUGAUUGUGGGGACGGGCUGCAACGCCUGCUACAUGGAGGAGAUGCACAACGUGGAGCUGGUGGAGGGCGAUGAGGGGCGCAUGUGUGUCAACACGGAGUGGGGGGCCUUUGGAGCCUCCGGGGAGCUGGACGAGUUCCUCCUGGAGUACGACCGCGUGGUGGACGAGACCUCCCUUAACCCCGGUCAGCAACUGUAUGAGAAGAUCAUUGGGGGGAAGUACAUGGGGGAGAUUGUGCGGCUGGUGCUGCUGAAGCUGGUGGAUGAGAACCUGCUCUUCAACGGGGAGGCCUCUGAGAAGCUCAAGACUCGCGGGACCUUUGAGACCCGCUUCAUGUCCCAGAUUGAGAGCGAUUCCGACGACCGCAAGCAGAUCUACAACAUCCUGUCAGCCUUCGAGCUGCUGCCGUCGCGGACAGACUGCGAGAUCGUGCGCCGGGUGUGCGAGAGCGUGUCCACGCGCGCUGCCCAGAUGUGCUCGGCCGGGCUGGCCGGCGUCAUCAACCGCAUGCGCGAGAGCCGCAGCCAGGACACCCUCAAGAUCACCGUCGGCGUCGACGGCUCCGUCUACAAGCUCCAUCCCAGCUUCAAGGACCACUUCCACGCCACGGUGCGGCAGCUGACGCCCGGCUGCGACAUCACCUUCAUCCAGUCUGAGGAAGGCAGCGGGCGCGGGGCCGCCCUCAUCUCGGCCGUGGCCUGCAAGAUGGCCUGCAUGAUGGGGCAGUGAGCUGGACUCCGGGGGAUGGCGGGGCCGGCAGUGAGCUGGACUCCGGGGGAUGGCGGGGCCGGCGCUCCUCUGGGAGCAGACACGGAUGCGGGGAGG